AUGAAGAUGGACUCGCAGUCCGUCGUGUACCCACCCGACGACCACGUCCCGCACAACCGCCGCAACAGCGCAUUUGUUGUCGAUAACGCAUCCCCAACUCUCCUCACGGCAUUGCCGCCGGGUGUGGCUGUCAACCACGUUCAGCUGCGAGACGCCAAGAUUCCGCUACAGGACCCCGAGAUGGAGCACCUGCAGGUGGACGGCGUUCUCCCGCCCUAUUUUCGCUUCCAGCGAUCCUCAUCGACGGACAACCGCGCCGUUCGAGUCCCAUCGGGGGUCAAGAUGGAGCCUGAAGUCGCCAUGACGACGACGUCGCAAGCGCCCAAUUUGCCCAGCGACAGGGACACGCAGACGGCAUUGGCACUUGGCAGCAGUGUAUCUACGAUGGGCGUCACCACUGUCGCCGUGUACCGUAGUUCGGACCGUCGCUAUGGGGGCUUGCAUGGGUCAACGUAA